AGACUGGAACGCGCUCAUCAUCUGGGGCUUGAGAACCCGGAGGAAGUGCGCGCGACACAUCAGCGCGAGCCGAGUUUAAAAGUGAUUUUAACGGCUGCUUACUUUAUUUCUUAACUCGGAUGUGUGAGGAAACAGUUAGCCGUGUGCGACUGGAACGAGAAAAAGUAACGACUCGUUAAAAUUUUCUGCUGUUUUGUGAAUGCAGGGUAGAUUUUUUUUCGGGAUAAGACAUGGAAGACCAAGGUGCUAGAUGGUGAGUGGGAAGGCUGUGCGUAAUGCUGAAACGACUCAACCAGAGUCAGAAUGAGUGUCACAGAUGGCGAGGGCACAGCUAGCCAAGAUGGCCGGGCCUAUGUUCUUCAAAUUUACCCCCGCCUCUCCUUGGAGACGGCACCAUGCUGCAUGGUCAGAGUGCGCAAGGAGGCAACGGCGGCCACUGUCAUUCAGGAUGCAGCCGUCACCCUGGGCCUGGAUGCCGCCAAGCGCUAUGUAUUGGCUGAGGUGAAGGAGAGCGGAGGGGAGGAGUGGGUCCUGGAGGCCACGGAUCUGCCAGUGCACAGGGUCUUGCUGUGGCCCAGGAAAGCUCAGGAGGAGCACGCGCAGAGCGAGGGGUUCUACUUCAUACUGCAGGAACGCAAUCACGAUGGCACCAUCUGCUAUGCUCAUCUUCCUACUGUCGGUAGAGAGCAGGACGCUCAGCACCUGGUCGCCCGAGGCUUCCUGCCUCCCCGUCACGGGGACUUCAACGACCUGUGCAACCUUCCCAUCCUCAAUGAGGACACUAUCCUGGCCAACCUGCGCAGCCGUUUCCAGAUGAAGAAGAUCUACACUUAUGCUGGAAGCAUCCUUGUUGCCAUCAACCCUUUCAAGUUCCUUCCCAUCUACAAUCCCAAGUAUGUCAAGAUGUAUGAGAACCAUCAGCUGGGCAAAUUGGAGCCUCACAUUUUCGCCAUUGCAGACGUCUCAUACUACACUAUGCUGCGCAAGAGGAUCAACCAGUGCAUUGUUAUAUCUGGGGAGAGCGGCUCAGGCAAAACACAAAGCACUAACUUCCUGAUCCACUGCCUGACUGCUCUGAGUCAAAAAGGAUACGCCAGUGGGGUGGAGAGGACCAUCCUGGGAGCGGGGCCUGUCCUGGAGGCAUUCGGCAACGCAAAGACAGCCCACAACAACAACUCCAGCCGCUUUGGGAAGUUCAUACAAGUCAACUACCUGGAGAGCGGAGUGGUCCGGGGGGCGGUGGUCGAGAAGUACCUGCUGGAGAAAUCCCGCUUGGUGUCCAGAGAAAAGAAUGAAAGAAACUACCAUGUGUUUUAUUACCUGCUGGUGGGGGCGUCUGUGGAGGAACGCAAGGAGUACAAGCUCCUACAGCCGGAGAACUACAACUACCUCAAGCAGCAAAACUUUACCAUAGAGGAUGCAGACGACCUUCGGCAUGACUUUGAGCGCCUGCAGCAGGCCAUGGAGAUGGUGGGCUUCCUGCCUGCCACCAAGAAACAGAUAUUCUCUGUGCUGUCAGCGAUUUUGUACCUGGGCAACGUCACCUACAGCAAGAAAGCCACAGGCAGGGACGAGGGACUGGACGUGGGACCACCUGAGGUGCUCGCUAACCUCUCAGAACUUCUCAAGGUCAAAGAAGAGCUGCUAGUCGAGGCGCUCACAAAGAGGAAAACGGUUACAGUCAAUGAUAAGCUGAUCCUUCCCUAUAGCCACAGUGAGGCGAUCACAGCACGGGACUCCAUGGCUAAGUCUCUGUACAGUGCCCUGUUUGACUGGAUUGUCCUGCGCAUCAAUCAUGCGCUGCUCAAUAAGAAGGACAUGGAGGAGUCUGUUCCGUGUUUGUCCAUAGGCGUUCUGGACAUAUUUGGCUUUGAAGACUUUGAGACCAACAGCUUUGAGCAGUUCUGCAUCAACUACGCUAAUGAACAGCUGCAGUAUUACUUUAACCAGCACAUCUUCACGCUGGAGCAGGAGGAGUAUCAGGCUGAGGGUAUCACGUGGCACAACAUUGACUACACUGAUAAUGUGGGCUGCAUUCACCUCAUCAGCAAGAAGCCUACCGGUCUCCUCUAUUUACUGGAUGAGGAGAGCAAUUUUCCCCAUGCCACAGAUAUAACCUUGCUGGCCAAAUUUAAGCAACAGCAUGAGAGAAACCACUACUUUGUGGCCACGCCUGUGAUGGAGCCAGCCUUCGUCAUCCGCCAUUUUGCUGGGAAGGUCAAGUACCAGAUCAAGGAUUUCCGGGAGAAGAACACAGACCACAUGCGGCCGGACAUCGUGGCCCUGUUGCGCAGCAGCGAUCGGGCCUACGUGCGCCAGCUGAUCGGGAUGGACCCAGUGGCCAUGUUCCGCUGGGGCAUCCUCCGUGCUGCCAUCCGUGCCCUUGCUGCCUUCAACGAAGCCGGACGCCGAUGGGCUGCCAAAACGUCUGGUGUGGUUAGACCCGUUUCAAGAGUUCCACUGGGAGAGCUGCAGAGGUCCAACACGCCCAUCGAGAGGAUGUAUCGCCGAGCCUCUAUGCUCGAUUUCUCCUUUGAUCUCUCAGAGGAGCGCCCCCUAGAGGCUUUUGAGGACAUCUUUGCUAGUUAUGAGAGUAAAAACGAUAUGCACGCCCAAAUUAUCAGCUCCAUUAAGGACUUGCAGUUGGAUGGCGAAGACCCACGUAAGCUGCUUCAGUCCUGGGGUCGCCUGCGCUUCCCACGCCACCUUCUUCAGAAGAACAAGAACACCAAGCACAAGCAGCUGAUUCCGAAGAAUAUGCUGGACUCACGCUCACUGAAGUUCAUAGUUGGCCUUCAUGACCGCACCACCAAGUCUCUGCUUCACCUGCACAAGAAGAAGCGGCCCCCGAGUAUCAGUGCUCAGUUCCAGACUUCUCUCAGUAAGCUGCUGGAAACUCUGGCGAAGGCCGAACCCUUCUUCAUCCGCUGUCUGCGCUCAAAUGCUGAAAAGAAGGAGAUGUGUUUUGAUGAGGCACUGAUCCUGCAGCAGCUACGUUAUACAGGCAUGCUGGAGACAGUGCGCAUCAGGAGGUCAGGAUACGGCGCCAAAUACACCUUCCAGGAGUUCAUUGAGCAGUUUCGUGUGUUGCUGCCAAAAGAUGCAUCUUCUCCAAAAGAAAUCUUGACUCUGCUGAAGAAUAUUGACCUCGACCCCAAGACGUACCAAAUCGGCAAAACUAAGGUGUAUCUCAAAGAGUUGGAAAGGCAAAAACUUCUGGACACUCUCCACAAAGAUGUCAUGCGCAAAAUCGUUUUCCUGCAGCGCUGGUUCCGAGCUAAAAUGCAGAGGAGGGAGUUCCUUCAGAUGAGACAGGCAGCCAUCUUUCUUCAGCGCUCAUGGCGUGACUACCGCGAGAGACAAUGUCGAGCAGCAGCUCUGAUUCAGGCAGCAUGGCGAGGAUUCAAACAGAGAGCCGAAUACCAGAGCCGGCGAGCCUCUGUAACCAAAAUCCAGGCUCUGGUCCGAGGACAGUCCGCUCGAAGAAGGUACAAUUCUCUUAAGGAAGAGAAGAGGAAGAGAGAAGAGGAAGAAGCUCGACGGAGGAAGGAGGAGGAGGAAGAGGCAGCCAGGCAAGCCCAGGAGGCAGCAGAGGUGGCCCGAAAAGCACAAGAGGCCGAGAAGGCAGCCAGACAAGAGAGAGAGGCAGCUGAGGCUGCCAGGAGGGCACAAGAGGAAGCAAAGAGACAAAGAGAUGCCGAAGAGGCAGCUAGAAGAGAGAAGGAGGCAGAGGAGGUGGCAACAAAGCUCUCCGAACAGAAAGCAAAGAAGGAAGCGCCAGAUAAGCAACUUAAUAAUCAGGCAGUCAUAGACAUGAGAAGACAGAAUGAUGGCAGUGAUUUGAUGCAGAACUCUAAGGAAAAGGAAAGCCAGCAGACUGAGGCUGGUCCUCAGCAUGAAGCAGAGCUCCCAGCUAUUCAAGUAACACAUGAGCACGAUAAGAGUUUGGUUGUUUUAGAGAAGCGCAUUGAAGACAUGGGAGCUGUCCAAGAAGCUAACAAAAACUCUAAUAUUGCAUUACCAGGAAAAAGUAGUCAGAAUACAGCCAUUGCUGACCCUACAACUACUGUUACUGCCCUCCCUAAAACUUCCCCCAGUGUUUCUGCAGAAGAAGAUGUAAAAAGCCCUCAAACUGGCAGCCACACGACCAACACCAUUCAUGCUGAUCCAGGCCAGUCCAGAGCUCCACCAAUGGGGAAACUUCCUGCCUCCCGGAGUCAGGAAAAGAGGGAGCUGAGGAGGCAGCGUGGUUUAGAACACAGCCAGAGGGAGAGCGUGCGUGCAGCUGCAGCAGGCAAAGAUCAGAGCUGCAAAGAACUCGACCACUACACCUUCAUAUCCCAGAAGCGCGAGAAGCCUAAGAAAGAGGCUGAAGAUGAAGAAGAGAAGGUAAAGAAAGGAGCUGUGACCAGUCCAAUCAGGCCCUCGACUUUACCCCUGGAGGUGCCAGCGUCUGACGAGCCCAAACAGACUCCAAGGACCAAGGACGUGCCAAGUCAUGGAAAGAGCAACACCCAGCCUGAGAUCACGUUGAAAGAGCCCGGACGCCAGGAGGAUAAGAGGACUCACAUGUUAAAGACCUCCCGGUCAUUAGAUGAUGUGUCAGAGUUUAAGACCUCGGAAGUCUCAACAGUUUUGCAGGGCAACGUGCGUUGUCGGAAGUGUCCCAGACGCAGACAUCGACUAGACUUUGUACGUAACUGCUUGAACGUUAAAAGUGCAGAAAUGGAGGAUGUGGAGUUCUGGACGUUCUCUCACACAAUCCCUGUACAGCCCCUGCCUCAUGUUGUGGAGAGUCCACAUGGAGGAAGAGCGAGCAGCAUGAAAAGGUCACCGCAGGACGAUGGCCCCCACGCCCAUCCUCACACUCCAGAGAGAUCAACAGGCUUCUUCAGGAAGAUCCUGAAGAAACGUCCUCAUAAAGAGGCUCAGACUCCAGAAGACGGAGACCUGACAAUGGCAGCUGCUUUGAGUGAAAAAGAGUGCUCCCAGUCCAUCACAUCUUCACGCACACAGCAUUCAGAGCAUCCCAGUGGGCGUCUGAGUCGAAACCCCACUAUUAAGAUCAGCCGUGCCACGCGGGUCACAGAGCAAUGGAACGCCUCGCUGGACAGAGAGAUCACCAAUGCCAACGAGCUCCAGCACCUCGACGAGUUUCUGGGAAAUCAGGUGAAUGACCUGCGCUCGAGAGGAAAGCAGCUGUCGGCGGCAGAGCACAUCUUUAUCACAGCCACCAUGCAGUUCAGAGAGAACAUCAAAAGCAUGUAUUCUCUCUCAAAGCCUCACAUUGGAUAUAAGGGGCUGAUGAGGAGCUACCAGAACAAGGUGAUCAGUUUAGCCAGUGAGCAGCAGAAGGGCGAGGUGCAGCUCGUUGUCAAUCUGUUCCAGUCUGUGCUCGAUGGGUUUAUUAGAGGAGAGAUCAAAAGAGAGGAGGCUGAACCGGUGAAGGCUCCAAAAGGUCGUAAAAAGAGGCGAAAAAAAGACAAGAACACGGAGAGUCCACUGGACCAUGUGUUCAACAACUUCCAGGUGAACAUAAUGCAGUCAUGUGACCAGUGCUCUUCCUACAUCUGGGUGAUGGAGAAAGCCUACAUGUGCAGCUAUUGCAAGCUGGUUUGCCACAAGAAGUGUCUGACCAAAAUCGUCACAGAUUGUAAUACUUACUGCUCAAAAAAGAGUGAAGAGGACUCCGGUUCUCAGCACUUUGGUGUGCGUGUUUGCCGCUUGGUCAGUGAUAAGGCCCCGGUCCCCAUGGUUCUGGAGCUGCUGCUGGAACAUGUGGAGAUGAACGGCCUCUAUACUGAGGGCAUCUACAGGAAGUCCGGCUCAGCCAACCGCAUGAAGGAGCUUCGGCAACAUCUGGAAGCUGAUCCUAAUUCAGUGUGUUUGGAGGACUACCCCAUUCACACUGUAACUGGUUUGGUGAAACAGUGGCUGAGGGAGCUCCCUGAACCCCUAAUGACGUUUAAUCACUAUAAUGACUUCCUCCAUGCAGUAGAAUUACCUGAAAAGCAGGAACAGCUUCAGGCCAUCUACAGGGUUAUAGAGGCGCUCCCUACAGCCCACUACCAGACUCUGGAGAGACUCAUUUUCCACCUAGUCAGGGUGUCGAGGGAGGAGAAGAGUAACCGGAUGACCCCGAACUCCCUAGCCAUUGUUUUUGCCCCUUGCAUCCUUCGUGGUCCUGACAGUGCUGACCCACUUCUCAGCAUGAAAGAUGUCGCCAAGACGACCACUUGUGUAGAGAUGCUGAUUAAUGAGCAGAUGAAGCGGUACAUUGAAAGGCUGGAGGAGAUUGAGCAGCUGGAGUAUGCUGAAACGCUGGCGAAGAACCAGCUCAAGCUGAAGAGAAGCAACACGAGCUGGCCUUUACCUCUAAGGUUUACCUCUCCUUAUAAGGGAGUAGCGGUGAAGGAGAAACCUUCUGACCUGCGUGCUGUUCCUGAGAAUGAACCACUUGACUCAGACACAGAGGCUGAGAGGAAUUUGGUGGAGCGAAUCAAGUCCAUCAAACAGGAAAAAGAGGACCUGGUCUGCAGGCUGCCAGAUAUGGAGCAGCCGGGUUCAGAUCAGGAGAAUCUGGACUCGGAGGCCUCGGCUAGCUCAGAGAGUCUGUUAGAUGACCGGACCCCCAGUUUGGACAUGGAAGGUAGAAUGACAGCCGUACUGCAAACCCAUAAACCUAAACCCUCUAACUCAUCCUCGUUACCCCAGUUGACUUCAUCAGGAAGUAAGAGCUCCUCCUGUCCCUCCUCCAGAAACCAGCUCCAGCGCCGGUAUCCCAUCAUCCCCUGCACGCUGCGCCUUCCCCCUGGAGUUUUCACACUCGUACAGAGACGGCCACGGCCUGGACGCCGCAAAGACAGUAUCCAGUCACUCUUCAUCGGCUCUGGGACUGAAUUAGAUGCCUUGUCUUCUUCGUCUUCCUCCUCUAUCCCGCAGGACCUCCUUGUCUCCUCCAGACGCUUCUCAGACCCUGACAUUGCUCAUAUUCAAGAUGGUGUUUGAUUUACGCCUUUUGUAACGGUUCAGCCAGGAUGACUGAUCCUGCUCACCAAGCACUUUUUUCCCUCAUUAUUAUUAAUUUAGAAUUUUUAAUAGACUUUAAGUGUAAAUUUGUGGUGCAGCCUCAUGGGUGCUAUCAUGAACCUAAAUUCUACGCUUCAUAUAUAUAUUUUUUUUAUUUUAUGGACAAAAAGCAUGACGUUGCACCUUUCUAUUUCUUUUUUUCUUUUUUUUUCUUUUUUUUUUUUUUUUAAACAGUUUUUAAUUGUGCCUUUGGUUUCUUGUCAGUGUAUAGUCAUGUUUGUACUGUUUCUCCUGAGAAAAGUAUGAGGGCAAGGACAUUUUUGGAAAUGACCUCACACUUUAAACGCUUAAAAAAAAAAAAAAAAAUACAAACUCCAGACACUUUCAUGCUCAUUUUCCACCAACACAUUGCUGGUGCAGAUUCUGAGGACCAACAAACCUUUUUUUUUUUUUUUUUUUUUUUUUUUUUUAGGAAGUUUAUAGCAGUCAAACUUUUAGCAGGUAUCUUCAUUUUCUUUUCAGCUCUGAGAGUAUGUUACCAUUCAGAGCUGAAUUCUUAAUAAAAUAUACACAGCACACGAGAGAGAGAGAGAGAGAGUGAGCGGAGAAUGUAUGUACAUGUAUGGAUUACUUUUAGCUAUUUAUUCUCAGUGUACAGUUGCGCAGUUUGGUGUGCUUCUUGGCAAAACAGUUGAUCCUGAUCCCAACAGGGUUGCUGAUUUUAUGGUUGCAAUAUUAAUUUUUACAGUUCUUGCAAUUUGGUUAGUGGUUUUAAUGGUAUGUAAAUAACUUAAUCACCGUUUUCUUGCAUCCAGAUAAAUUCCUGCUGUCUUGAUAUGCUGGAAACGGUUCAACAUUAAUCACCACGCACCAUGUUGGUGGAAAAGCUCUUUUUGUAGACUUCGCAGUCUCUUUGGGUGUUGUCUAAUGGAUCAUUUUAAUUGUACAGAGAAUCAGAAAACAGCAUGAGCCACAUUCCAUCUGAUGGAAGGGACCCAGAUGAAGCAACAUGAAACCUUUCUGUACUUGCAUCAGCUUUUUUCAGACAAUUAACCAUAACCUGGAUCUUGUAGUAAACAAUAGGACACUGCGCUUGAGGUCUGUGGGAACGUCUGAGAAGAAUCUUGUGUACUGUGUUUACUAAUAAUGUCAUGUGUUCAACCUUCUGGUGUGUGUUGUGCCAUGUGGAAGUGUAGCGAAUGAGAAAGAAUGGAUGAUGAUGAUGAUGAUGAUUACAGUUCAAAAGUCUUGUUUGCUUUUUUUUUUUUUUUUUGCUGUAUUUGUACUCAAGUGGCGAUUGUUUCUUUCUGCUGUACUGCAUCUAAAGGACAGAUCAAACAAAUUAUUUUCUUACAAUACACUUUGUACUUGGCUGCA